CACCCACCCACCCCAGUAUACCCACACACUCACACACCCACGCUCAGAAGCUCAGUCAGGAAUCUUCAGGGCGAACAGAGGAAGCUGGACAACUGCAACUGACUGGGAAUAAGAUGAGCAGAGGAAGGAAAGAGAGAGUGACAGGAAAAGAAAAGCUGUAGGGAAAAGAAAUAGAUGAGCAGAGGAGGAUUUAUCUUUACCCCACGUCCACCUGAAUAACUGUAACCGGAGAGGAGGAGGACGGAGAAAUAAUCCAAGAAAGGGGUCGGACUCAGGACACAAGCAAGAUGCCAGUCGUCCAAUCGCUAUGAAGGAGCUUUGCUUCACACAAAAUCAGAAAAAGUUGAGAGACAGAGCACCCACACGGCUGAGACUUCAGACUCAAGCUGACUGGACUUGACUCAGGAGAGGUCAGCUGGUCAUCAGCACAAGAGGAAUGAAAAAGAAAAUGUGUGAGGAAGACAAUGGAAGAUUAAGUCAAGGAUGAGAGGGAGGACAAAUAGAUUGAUGAAAGGAGAGUGAAUGUAAGCACCUUUGCACACCAAAUCAUUUAAUUCAUUCAAUUAUUUUUUUUAUUUUUUCAAACAAACUUGAUUCUUUCAAAGCUUUGCUUUUGAUGGAUACUGAUCAAACCAGCUGUUGAUGACAUAUCACUAAAAAUAUAUACAUAAUCAAAUCAAGUCAUCUCCUCAAACUGACUGACAGAUGUGUUAAAAUAUUGAUAAAGCGGUAGAAGAUGAGUGAGUGAGUGAGUGAGUAAGUGAAGAGUGAGUGAUACAGUAGUAACAUCAAAGUCAUAAUCAUCAUUUCAAGCCAUUUACUUGCGUCGCCUUAAAUGUGCAAAGGUCUUAUUUAAGCCUCAUAAGGAAAUGAGGCAUAGUUUAAAUAACUCUCAAAUUAAAAGAAGAAUAGAAGACCAAGAAGGACACCAGGAGAGUGGCGGAUACUCGUGUAUUCAGACAAACCCCCCUCACAAUGUUCUUCAAUUUCCGUCGUAUCCAUAAGAUCCAGUGCGUGCAGCUGCUAACUACAUGCCUGGUGCUAUGCAUGGUGAUGGUGUGCUGGGAGGAUCUGGAUCACCAUGUGGUUAGUCACGUGAGAUCCUAUACAUAUCGCUACCUAGUCAACAGCUACGAAUUUCUCAAUUCAUCCUUCUCCGUCACCUCUAAACAUCACAAAGGAAAGAAUGGUGGUGGUGGAAGGAGUUAUGAGUACCUCAUUAAUCAUCCGAGUAAAUGCGGAGGUGACGGUGACGGAAAAAGCCAAGACAACGUCCUCCUCCUUCUGUUUGUGAAAUCGUCGCCAGAGAACUUUGAGCAGCGUCAGGCCAUCAGGGAGACGUGGGGGAACGAGAGCCUUUUUUGGUCAGAACUGAAGGCGAACGUGAAGGUGCUGUUUGCCCUCGGGAUGCACCCAGACUUAACAUGGCGAUCCCGAGUACACAGUGCACUGCUGCAGGAGGACCAGGCCUAUGGAGACCUCAUCCAGCAGGACUUUGAGGACACUUUCCACAACCUGACGACCAAACUGAUCCUGCAGUUCCACUGGUGCCACGAGUACUGUCCACAGGCACGUUUCCUCAUGUCUGCCGAUGACGACAUCUUUGUCCACAUGCCCAAUUUGGUUAAGUGGUUAAGAAGCCAAUCGGGGGCUAAAGAUCUGUGGGUGGGACAUGUACACAGAGGUUCUCCUCCAAAUCGCCGCAAGAGCAGCAAGUAUUAUGUUCCCUAUGACCUGUACCCAUGGCCGUCCUACCCGGACUACACGGCAGGAGCAGGGUACGUAGUUUCAGGGGACGUGGUUGCUAAGAUCUACCAUGCCACUCUGUUGCUAAAGUCCUCCAUCUACAUUGAUGACGUCUUCAUGGGGAUUUGUGCCAAGGCCAUGAGGGUGUCUCCCCAGGAGCAUGUGCACUUUUCCGGGGAGGGCAAGGCUCCAUACCACCCCUGCAUCUAUGAUCGCAUGAUCACAUCACACGGUCACACCGAUGUGCACUCUCUGUGGCGAACAGCAACAAAUGAGGCAGUGUAUAGCAAGUACAGAGGGUUUACGGGAAGUGUUUACUGCACAGCAGUGAGAAUGAUGCUGCUGUGCCUGCCAUAUUACCACAGCACAUACCCCUGCAUGGCUGCUUUUACAUAAAUGUUCAGCAGAAUGGGGGAACAUUUUGAAUUAGUUUUAUUUGCACACACACCAGUUAAUAAUAGUAAAGAUGACCUCUGCAUUUAACCCAUCCUUUUUUACACACCAAUCGUGGAAACACAAACUGAGCGCAGAAGCACUGGGCAGCACUGUUUUUUGGGCACCUUGCUCAGGGUUACCACAGCCCUUCGAACCAGCGACUUCCCAGUAACAAGCCCUGUGAUAUGUGUUUGCUGUGUCUUAUUUAAGAUUAAAGCUGCUCUCUUAUGCAAACACUGGAUCCUCAGUGAUUGGAUGGUUUGUGUUUCACUGUGCAGGUGUUUUUACAGCGACGACACCUCCACAGCCAUUCACACUGUUACUCCUCUGAAGAGGUUUAACCACAUAUUACCUUGAAACUUGCUAUUUAAUACUAUCAAUGAGGAAAAGAGUUCAGUAAAUGAUGUAUGAUUGCUGUUGCAUUUUAAAGUGUAAAGUUGUGAGUGUUUGUUAGAGUACAAUGUACGAAUAUCGUGGUUUUACAUCUUUGUAACACGAGUAGCUUUUGCAUCCAAAUAUCUUUGCAUUUUAGAAACAAAACAAGACUUUUAGCAGACGUCACCAUAGACCACGUGUUUUUCACCACUACAAACUGAAGAAUAACACAGCCAGAUGUAAGGACAGUCAAACUUCCACGUUACAUAUGAGAGAUGUGUUCUAAUGUGAGUGGUCAGCAAAUCUGGUGACACCUGUAAUACUAGGUCCACAAAACGCUUUGUUUUUUUGUUUUCUUCUGGUUAUUUUUUAAAUUGAUUGUAAAUAGUUCACAGUUCUUUGAAGCUUAAUUGCAAAAACUGAAAAUAAAAAUGUGUGAAUUUA